UGUGCAGCUUCUGUCUGCUGUGAAUUGCUGGCUAAAGUGCAUGAUUUUAUCCUUACAAUCAAACGGAUAAUCCAGAGUGUGUUAAGGUUGAGACUGCUGUUUUCCUAAUUUGCAGAAGCUCCAAAGGCUUCUUUUAAGAUCUGAUCUAUGGAUUGACUGUCUAGGCACGCACGGUCUACAAAUAUUUUCUUUCAGCUAACUUAUAACUUCCUCAAGAGGUGAAAGCUAGCCAUGUCAAAGUAUGAAGAAGUCGUGGAUGAUUUUGAUGUGGACGAAGGGUUGGAAGAUUUGGGCCAACGCCCUAAAAGGAGACAAAAGACAAAAAAGAAAAUGCUACUAAAGAAAGCUGCAGAUGAUAAGGUGGUGGUAAAGGUGAAUAGCUUUGGUGUUCAUGCAGGUAAAGAAUGGACAGAACUGACCAAUUAUAUUGGUGUCUUGGUGCGGGAUCAUGUUUCCAUAGUGCAUGAUGAAUGGAGACAUGUGAAAGUUAAACUUAAAGAUGAAAUGUGGAACCAUCUUAAGGAAUUGUUCGUGUUGAGUGACAAUUCAAAAAAGCAUGCGUUAGCUACUAUGAGUGUAGCUUUCAGAAAUUUCAAAUCUAUGCUGCGAACUGACUUUAUCUAUCAACAUGAGAAUGAGCCGGAGAAGUUAGAAUUACCUCCCGCGGAGUACAAACACAUUUCGAAGAAAGAAUGGAAAUUAUUUGUGAAGAAGACUUUCUCCGAAGAAUUUGUGACUUUCUCCGAAAAAAACAUCUUGCAGCAGUUUCAAGAAGGUCCCCGCGAUUCAUGCAUAUGAAGAAUCUUCCCGAGGAGAAUGUAGUUAGAGCAGCUAAUAACGCACCAUUAAGUGAAGCAUCACGAGAAGAGGUUGUGAGUGAACUAGGUGGUACUAAAACAAAGGUUGAACCUCCUCACCUCAAGGAAGAAGUCAUUCCAGAGAAGUUAAUUGAAGUUGAAGCUGGAGGUGUUGUAGUUGUUAAAGAACAUGCAAGGGCUAAGAUGAAGAAGUCAAGGCAACCACCGGCAAGGAAACUAAUAAUGCAAAGAACUACAAGGUUUGCUGCCGAAAAAAGAAAAGAGCAAAGCAAUAGCAUGAAGAUGUUUUCUAUGCUAGUUGACAAAUGCCUAGGAGAUGGGUACAUGGUCGAACAUGAUGCAGAAGUAUUCGGGUUUGCAACUAAAUCUAUUUUCAAUAAGGAUGUGUGCGGCCUUGUAAUCAACUUUGAGCAGGUGAACAAUUCUGUUGUAGAAAUCUGGUCUAGGCACUUGCAUGAGAAGAUGCUUCAAGAUGGAGGUAAUAUGCCAGUCCAAUUUGGCACGUCUGCUGCAGUACCAGUGCCAUUGAAAUCCUCAGAUGAGUCCAUUACAAGGAGGUCUCGAUAUAUAGCAGAUCUUUUGGCUGUUGGUUUGCUUGGGCAAAUCACGCUAAUCCCUUAUAAUACAUGCAAUCAUUGGGUGUUAGUAGCUAUUGAUAUUACGGCAUGGACAGUGUACUAUUUGGACUCAAUUGGAGAGAAGCCAUCAGAAGAUCUGUCACUAAUUGUGAACCAGGGAGUGAAAAUUCAUCAUGCCUCUGUUUCUAAGAAGAGGUUAUCUCUGAAUUGGGUAACAGUCAUGUGCCCUAAGCAAACUGGUUCUAUGGAAUGUGGAUACUUCUUGAUGAAGUACAUGAGUGACAUUGUUUGUGAUGUUAACGUCCUGAAAAAGAAUUUCUCAACAAUAAAGGACUACUCUGAACAAGACAUCUUGCAAGUGCGGGAGGAGUGGGCAGCAUAUGCAACAAAAUUGGUCCUAAAAUGCGGUUGAGUUGAAUGAUGGUCUGGUGAUGAUCAAUUCUUGUACUUUUGGUGUGAAGGAAUAUAUCAAGGAACACUCUAUUUUGGCUGUUACAUGUAACAACUUUAUGUUGGAUUGUAGGUUCAUGUUUUGUGGAAUGUAAAACUAUUAUGCAUGCCCCGGUUAAUUGUGGCGUCAUUUUUGCUCGAAACUGAAAACAUGCGCCCAUUUUGUUGUGGAAGUUGUAACCUAGCAUGAAGAAUUAACAAUGAUGACUUAACACUAUUAUUAGAUGAGAUGUAUUUAAAGUUGGUUGCGUUUUUUGCAUUACAUCUUUUAGUGUAUUGCUUGAAAUCUG